AUGUCUGCUGUCGGAGCGAUAGCCCAGCGCGCUCCGCGCGCCGCCGCUUUUGCGGCACUGAGUGUUGAAUUUGUAGUCCACCCAUUUGAUACUCUCAUCACACGCAUCCAAUCUCCCGAAUAUGUACCCAAAUACAGAAGCCACCAAGGCAAACUCCAACCGACGCUGUUCCGGGGCCUUUAUCGCGGCUUGACACCAACCGUCGUCACGACCAUCCCGGCCUCUGUCACUUUCUUCACCAUCUACGAAACUGCGAAGACUACUCUUCAGCCGAAGGAAGGUCUCAAGCCCGGGAGUCUGUCUCAAACCGCUGUUCAUGCCGCCAGUAGCGCGCUGGCUGAUAUGGUCGCGUGCGCCAUCAUCAACCCGUCGGAGGUCCUUAAGCAAAAUGCGCAAGUCGCCAGAUUCUCAGAAGGUGGUGUGCAGCGCAAUCCCAUGUUGGCCUCGCUCAAGCACUUCGCAAGACAUCCUCUGAAGCUGUGGACGGGAUAUACGGUAUUGGUAGCUGGAAAUCUGCCACGGACCAGUCUCACGUUCUCCAUUUACGAGUAUCUCAAAGGCGCCUGGCUACGGCGUUCGAAAAGAUCUGAGAGCAUCGUGGAACAAGUCAAAGUGAGCGGAAUCACUGCCGGCAUCGGUGGCUCAAUAGCCUCGCUUCUUUUCGUUCCAAUCGACGUCGUGAAAACCAGGAUGCGCUUGCCGGAAGUCGCUCCUCCCAGCCAUCUUUUGCAGCCAGAAGCAUUGUUCACGUCUUCACUGAGCCGCGAGAAAGCUAGGAAGCCCGCGGCGAGAGGGCCCAUUUCCAUUGCCAAGGGCAUCUUGAUAAGAGAUGGGAUUUCAGGGUUGUUUAGAGGGGCAACUGUGACUUGCAUAGCCGCUGCCGUGGGGAACGGGUUGUUCUUGGGUUGCUACGAAGGACUCAAGUUGCACUAUGCCCGUGAAGCCUCAAAGACUGAGCUCAUCCAAUAA